GGCUGAGGCGCGCGCCGCAGCACACGUCCGCCGAGCGAGUUCCCGAGCCGACCGCCAGGAGCGCUGCGACAGUCCGACAACCGUCCGCCAUGCGAGUCCUGCUGCUGUUGGCGAGCUGCCUGCUGGCGCGAGCCACCGCCAGACCCAGCCUCUACCACGGCCUGGCGCCGGCGACCUACGCGGCGGUGCACCCCUACGCCCUGACGAGCCAGUACCACGCCCAGGACGAGCUGGGCCAGUACAGCUACGGCUACUCCGGAGACACCUCCGCCAAGCACGAGACCCGCACCCUGGACGGCGUCACGCGAGGCGGCUACUCCUACCUGGACGCCCACGGCCUGGUGCAGAGCGUCAGCUACGUGUCGGACCCGGUGAACGGCUUCCGGGUGGCCGCGACGAACCUUCCCCGGGACCCCGCCCCAGUUCCCGUCGCCGUCGCCGCUGCUGCUGCUCCCUCGGCUGUCGUCGACCUCCCGGCGGCGCCGCUACCCGUCACGGAGACGCCCGAGGUGCGACGCGCCAAGGCCGAGCACCUGGCGGCGGUGCAGAGGGCUGCGGAGGCGGCCGCAGCCGCCCCCGACGACAGCGAGGCUGAGGUCGCCGCUACUCCCGCCUACCUACACGCCCCACUGGCCCCAGUUGUCGCAGCGACGCCCGCCUACCUCCGCGCGCCUGUCGCCCCAGUGGUCGCAGCUACUCCCGCCUACCUGGGCGCCUACAGCUACGCCCUCGGCCACCCGGGGUACCACUACCGCUCGCACGUCCCCGCCGCAGCCGCGACCUCCUACUCGUCGCUGACUCCCCUCUCGGCGCAGUACCACGCCCAGGACGAGCUGGGCCAGUACAGCUACGGCUACUCGGGCGGGCCCUCGGCCAAGCACGAGACCCGCACCCUGGACGGCGUCACGCGAGGCUCCUACUCGUACGUGGACUCCAACGGCGUCCUGCAGACCGUCAGCUACGUGGCGGACGACGUGUUCGGGUUCCGCGUCGUGGCCACCAACCUGCCCGUGGCCCCAGCCGUCCACUAGCCGUCCUCCCACCGCGCUUCGUCUAACUUAUAAACCUCCAUUACGUGCGAGCAAGAGACCGGAAAAAUUCGCUGUUUCAAUUACCUCUAGGAUAGACUCCACGAUCAUCUAUAUAUAGAGACCUGAAAAAUUCGCGGGUUUAUUUCGUGUUAUGCUAAAAUUCAAAUAAUUAUAUCUUAGUGCUGCUUCUGCCAUUGAUCCACUGUUAUUCUGGAGGACUGCGGGCCAAUUAGAGACCUUCACUCAUUGAAGUGUCGAAUCACAGGCCACCCAGUCGAGACGAGUGUGUAGAGGAUAUUGGAGUCUAUCCUGGAGGUCAUUGAACCCGCGAAUUUUUCCGGUCUCUAUCUAUAUACUUGAGCAAAUUACACUUGACCAUUGGUAGGGACAGGAAAAAGUUCGCGGAUUCAGUGGCCUCUAGGAUAGCCUCAAUUAUCCUCUGCAUUUCUCAAGUAAACACGCGUGUUCAUUGGGUACUAAAUUGUGAGGCGUCUCCACUGGGUAGCUUGUGAUUCGACGCUUCUUUGGUCGAUAAGUCUCUCAUUGGCCCAGAGAGCUCCAAUUAAACUGCGAGCCAAUAGCAGAACCAGCAGAAUUGUACACAUGUUUGAAUUUCAGCCUAUCACGAAAUGAAUUAGCGAAUUUUUCCGGUCUCUAUCCAUUAUGUGUUGGCAGAGACCGGAAACAUUCUCUGUUUCAAUGACCUCUAGGAUAGACUCCACGAUCAUCUAUGUACUUGAGCAAAUUACACUUGACCAUUGGUAGAGACCUGUAAAAUUCGCGAUUUCAAAUCCCCAAAGGAUAUACUCCAUGUUCCUCUAUGCACUCGUGCAAAUUACAUCUGCCGAUUGGUUACCGACUCGUAACACCUGUUGACUGGAAUGAUCGUGAUGAUUGGCUAAUUCUUCUGUUAAAGAUUUUUCAUUGGCCCAGAGUCCUUCAGAUAAACUGUGGCCCAAUCACUGAAACAAAUUAAUGUCAAAAGUAUUUGGACCCUAUCCUAUCGCGAAAUGAAUCCGCGAAUUGUACAGGUCUCUAAACAUUGGCUACUGGCACCUGUUAACUGGGAUGCUCCUGAUUCGAUACUUCUUUUGUUGUUGAAGGUUUUUCAAUGUUACAGAGUCCUUCAGAUAAUAUGUGUCCCGAUCACUGAAGCAGCAAAAAAGGCAAACGUAUUUGGAUUCUAGCCUUUCGCGAAAUGAAUCCGCGAUUUUUUUUCCUGUCUCUAUGUAUGAGGAUCAGCGGUGAGAGAGACCGCGUGUAGCCUUAUGCUGAUGCCCAUUAUACUGCAACAUGGUAUGCCCACGCAAGCGGUUUCUUCCUUGUGAUUAGCGGCCAUUUGAAUGCGAAGCCAUUGUUUUGUUUCACCAGGCCAUUCAGGACGCGUUUGCUUCUGUACUGAAUGGCUGUGGUUCGUGUACCAACAGUAAAACAAGUGCCUAAAAUAAACUCAACCAAUCACGAAACACAGACGAUGCUACAGUUGUUGAACUCUGGUCUAGUCUCGAAAUAUUUUCGCGAAAAAUACAUGGACUUUCUUAUGGGUGGAGAUGCGGAAAUUUCACGAAUUCAUUUCAGCCGCAAGUUAGAAUCCAAAACUUCUCACGCUUGCACUGUGUUCCUAAUUGGAUCGCACUUAUUUGGACCGUGAGCAGCUAGUAGAGAAGGUAGUGCAAAUUAACAAGGAUAAAUUGUCCUCAUUAAGAAAUCAAACAAUGGGAAAGCAAACAUGGAUCGAGAACACCUAUGACUUUAAUUCUACCCUGAGGCCAGACGAAUACACGAAAUUUUCGGGUAUCUACUUAUGAGUAGAGACCCGGAAAUUUCGUGGAUUCUUCUGGCGUCAGGGUAGAGUUUCAAAUCCUACUUAAGCUCAACCCAUUUUUGCUUUUCCUUCGGCUGAUUACUUAGAGAGAGCCUUUUUGCACUUGUUAACUGCAACUACCUGAAUCGCUUUCUUCUCUCCUAGCUGGGGGCGAUUGGAUCAUGGUGUGUGGAGGAGGAGGGGGGGGGGGGUGGUUGUCCAAAAUCAUGAACACGGUGCAAGAACAUGAAAGUUUGAAUUCUAUCUUGAGACUAAAUAAAUCUCCGAAAUUUCCGUAUCUCUCUCUACUUAUAAGCUAGAGAUUAUAUAUAUUAAUUUUAUACGCCAUAUUUAUUUCAACAUUUUUUUUAUGACAUACCAAAUUUUUAACGUUUAAUAUAGACAAUUUGCCUUUGUUAAAGCAGAAAACACACAUUAAGAGAUUUUCAACGACUAAUUCAGGGUGAUUAUAUACAGACAGUAUUAUUACAUUUGAAGUCAAUCGCAGAAUUUAAUUAAAUUCUAAACACCAAUUUAGUAACUAAAUUCUGUUUUCUUCAGUCAUUCCAACUUAUAUAUUAUGCUUUAAAGAAAACAAUUUGGUAGAAUUAAACGACAGAACUUUAAUAAAGACUGAAUAAUAAGAUGGCGUCUUUAAGUUACUAUAUCUUCCCCUUAACAUUUAAGUCUCAUGAAUGUCUCAUUCUUUUAUAAAAUACGAAAAAGUCAAUAUCAUUGCAGACUUAGCACUUCAUUUCACACAUAUUGGAUUAAAGUAAUGCUGUUCAUUCACCCCAAUUGCUGACAGUGGACCAGAAGUUUCAGCCUUUGUUAUCGUAUCAGUUUCGACGCAUUCAAGCGUUUGAUAUCUAGUUCUGACAUUAAAAGAAAUGUUCAAAAUACAUUUUACAAAAAAAAUAUUUUUUAAAAAUGUGUGUGUAUAUUGGGCGUGCCAACAUCAUCUGCUGGCCACGGUCUUUAUCAUAAGGUACAUCAUUUUGUAACAAUAAAGUUAAUUUAUGAGUAGCUA